GAACGGUCCUACGAAAAGUGAUUGCGUACCCUUCGGGCAACAGUGUGGGCGAACCUUCUGGAAGGAGCAGUACAGCUGGGAGGGAGUAGGCUGGACAGGGACGGUAAAUUGCAGCUUCGGAAAUGCUUUCCCACCUAAAGUCGUUCCCUACCCAUAUGGACUACAAAGGACAACAAUUAGCAGAGCAAACCUUUCAACGAGUAAUUGUUGCAUCUGCUAUUAUUGGCUUCAUAUAUGGUUACAUGAUUGAGCAGUUUGGAUGGACUGUUUACAUUGUUCUGGCUGGUUUUGUCAUUUCAUGCUUGCUAACCCUCCCGCCGUGGCCUAUGUACCGUAACCACCCAUUGAAUUGGCAGCCAGAGCUACAGACUGAGGAGAAAAAGCAAACUGAAUGUGUCAAGAAGCCAAAAAAGCAUAAAUAAUGUCAAAUUAUUCUGUAUACAGCCACAUGCCAAUUUUUAUUUCAUGACUUAAUAAACAUUGCUGAAUCAGAA